AUGUCUGCUGCUGCAAUUCAACGGCGGCAUGGGCCUCUCGAGGACGACAUCACCGCGGCUAGUGGACGUUUGCGAACGAAAUCGAUAACUGGAAAACGCAAGUCUCGCGGCGACGAGGACAAGACAGGAGGCGACGGAUACAUAGACGCCAGAUCAUCGAAGAAAAUUCUUGCGAUCGCACAAGAUUUGGCGGACGAGGACUCCAGCGAAAGAGAGAAAGCAAGAGCCGUGCCCGCAUCACCUGGCGCGUUUGGUUUCGAUUCACGAUUUGGCGACGAUGAGAAUGCAGACGGCCAGCUUGAACACGCAGACGACGAGGAUGAAUGGUUGCCUGAGGAAGAGGAGGUCGCUGAAGAUGUCGACCCGAAAGAUAUGGCCAUUUACAACAAAUUCUUGCGAGAAGAUGAAGCACUGGCGGACUUCGCGCCUACUUUGGCCAGCUUAUCCACGAGCGGAAACGACGGCUUGGUCAGGCAUGAGAGCGCUGGAGAGGAGGAAGGAGAAGGCACAAAUCUGGCCGACCUGAUACUGCAAAAGAUCGCGGAGAAGGAAGCUCGGGAAGCAGCGAAUGGUUCAGGAAUCGAAGGACAUCCACUGGAAAUCCCGGAAGGCGCUGUGGAAAUACCAGCAAAAGUCGCAGAUACGUUCGCCAAAGUCGGUCAGAUCCUGUCACGAUACAAAUCUGGCCCGUUACCGAAGCCAUUCAAGGUUCUGCCAACACUUCCACAGUGGCCGGAACUACUCGACAUAACACGACCAGAGAAAUGGUCACCUCAAGCGGUCUUCCGCGCAACAAAGAUUUUCAUCUCUGCUCCGCAAGCCACAGGCCAGUAUUUCUGCUCUACAGUGCUACUCGAACGAGUUCGGGAAGACAUUCAGGAGAAUCGGAAACUGAACCAUCACCUGUACGAAGCACUGAUGGCGACUUUCUAUCGUCCAGCUGCCUUCUUCAAGGGGUUCCUCUUUCCGUUAGUGCAGAAUGGCUGCACUCUCCGCGAAGCACAAAUCAUCUCUUCUGUGCUAACGAAGCACAAGAUCCCUGUACUUCACUCCGCGGCAGCUUUGCUAAGACUCUGCGAAAUCUGUGCAGAGCAGACAAGUAACAUCAGCAGCGAGGCUGCAGGGUCCGCAAACAUCUUCAUCAGAAUUCUGCUAGGGAAGAAGUACGCAUUGCCGUACAAGGUUGUGGAUGCUCUGGUUUUCCACUUUCUGCGAUUCAGAGGGAGCAAGGAAGAGGAUGCACUAGGAGCCAACGAGUCAAAGCUGCCAGUGCUUUGGCAUCAGAGCUUACUGAUCUUCGCGCAGACUUACCGCAACGAGAUCACUGAGGAUCAAAGAGAAGCGCUACUGGAUCUGCUGCUGGUACGUGGUCACAAGGACAUCGGGCCGGAAGUGCGACGAGAAUUGCUUGCUGGCCGGAGUCGCGGCAUUGAGGAACCAAAUAUCGAGAAACAGGACGGUGAUGAUACCAUGAUGACUUAG